AUGUUUCGUGGACUGGGACUUUCCCCCAGCUCAGAUGCCGAAGAAAAGAAAGUGUGGAAACUUGACGAUGAGAGUAUGAGCAUUCAGAUGCCCGAACAUUUUGAGCGAUACAUGAGCGAUAUCGCCCUCAUAUUCUCCACCGAAGACAACAAGCUGGGCGCUAUUCGACCCAGAACAGACUGGAUUCUGGUGGCGACGACGGCUAUCGUGAGGAAGAAGAAGGGCCAACUUUACCCUGAUGCAUCCCCGCCCAGUCAUCAGGUUUACAAAGCCCCAUACUACCAUUUCAACACCACCAUCCCUGCUGGAUCUGAGCUGGCGAUGGAGUACUCGGUCGACUACAUCCUGUGGUAUGGGGCGCGUGGAGAUUGGGACACAAACCUGGUGGUCGUUCGGAGCAGCAGUCUACUGGAUGGCGAAUGCUGGGCCGCCCUUCCGAGCAUGUCAGUCGUUUAUGCUGGCCGCAAAGCGAAGAAAUAUAAGGGUGGUGUCUAUGGGAUCUGUACCGACAGCUACACUUGGACGUUCUUGCACCUCAGCGACAAAGGCCGCGUGUCCAAACGCUGUCUGUCAUGGGGUGAUAACAAACAGGAGGUCAUCGGGCAACUGUACAAGAUUAUCGGACAGGCCUUUGGCCUCCACAGGGAGCGAGAGAAUGACCCCGCGGCUCAGCAGCGGAUGAGGCAUGAAUCCUUGCACGGCUGGGGUGGGGAUGAGAGCUCUGACGAUGAUUGUCGUGAUGAUAGUGAUGAAGACGCUUGGCCUUGGUGA